AACCGGUGUGUAAAUAUUUCUAGAUCUAUCAAUCAGAUCCGUUUUCCAAAAGACGAUUCAAAGCGAUUAGUCAGCUCAGUCAGCUGUUGUGUUUUCUGAAAAUGUAGCUUAUGCGAUUCAAAGUUAUAAAAGAAAGCAUAGAGACAUUACGCGUGUUACAAGAAAUAAAUAGGAACAAACCGGCUCAAGUUUGUAUUAUUAAUUGUCUACUUUUUGAAUAUGUGAUAUUAUUAAAUAUUGUUGAUAUUAUAUCAUAUUGUUUUAAUGCAUUAUUAACGUUCUUUCUAAAGGAUUUCCAUAUUUAGGUAGAAAAUGGCUCAAUAUAAUGCACAUGAUUUAAGCAAGACACCUCGAACGAGAGAUGUAAAGAUACAAGAAGAUGUUGUAUUUUUUCAAAUGGGUCUUCCAGAUGAUAUUUUGGAUGGAUUAACAGCUGCUGGGUUUCAACGACCAUCCCCCAUUCAGUUGAAAGCCAUUCCAUUAGGGCGUUGUGGAUUCGAUCUGAUAAUACGAGCAAAAUCAGGAACUGGAAAAACUAUCGUAUUUGGUGUCAUUGCUCUUGAAACAUUAGAUAUUGAAAUAUCAACUCCACAAGUUUUAAUAAUAGCACCUACCAGGGAGAUUUCUAUUCAAAUAUGUCAUGUUCUUCAAGCAAUAGGUUCAAAAAUAAAAGGAUUAAAGAUUGAAUAUUUUGUGGGAGGCAUAUUGAUAGAAGAAGAUAAGAAGAAACUAAGCAAAUGCCAUAUAGCUGUUGGUGCUCCAGGCAGAGUUAAACAUUUAAUUGAAAUGGGAUUGCUUACAGUUUCAAAAAUCAGGUUAUUUGUUCUUGAUGAAGCAGACAAGUUAAUGGAGAUUAAUUUUCAAACAGAUAUCAAUUACAUAUUUUCUAAGCUACCAUGCAAUAAGCAAGUUAUAGCCUCGAGUGCUACCUAUCCUGGAGAUUUAGAAACAUUUGUGCAAACAUACAUGUCUUCUCCAGUGUUAACAUCACCUGAUCUUGAUGCACCAAUUUUAAUUGGAAUCAAACAAUUUGUGGCUGUAGUUCCUGCACAUCCCAAUACCAUGAAACAGGUACAAAUAAAAGUGGAUGAGCUAGUGAAAAUUUUUACGAAGAUUCCAUUUAAGCAAAGUUUAGUUUUUAUGAAUUAUCAAUCACGAGCUCAAUCAGUCAGCAAUAAAAUUAAUUCUAUGGGUUUCUCAUCUUUAUAUAUUAUUGGAAAUCAAGACAUGGCUAAAAGAUUGGAGACGAUUGAAAAGUUAAGGAAUUGUGAAUGUAGAAUUAUGGUAUCUACGGAUCUAACUGCAAGGGGUAUAGAUGUGGAAAAUGUUAAUAUGGUUAUAAAUUUUGAUGUACCUAAAAAUUCGGCGACGUAUUUACAUAGAAUUGGAAGAGCUGGUCGCUAUGGGUCUCAUGGAAUUUCUAUCACCAUUAUUUCUGAAAGCGAAUUUCCGUUAUUUAGACAAUUGUUAACUUCGGUUGGUGGACCAAACUUUUAUCUGUUCAAACUUAAUUCUAAUUAUGCAGAAGAUGUUUGGGCCGAUGAUAUUACAGUAUUUGAGAAAAUUUACUCAAAGUCUGAGACGAGCAACAUAAACAUUGAUAACACGUUUCUAAAAUCUGAAAAUGGUGCGCCUAUAGUGAUACCUAUGUCCAUAUCUUCAGCAGUUAAUGAUGCAUCAUCAUCAGAAAAUAAUGUUGCAAGUAUUUCUACUGUGAAACAUGAAAAAUGUAAAAGCAUCUCAUCCAUGGAUAUAGGAGUCAAUGAUAAGUCAUCAUCAGAAAAUAAUGUUGCAAAUAUUACUAUUGUGAAAUAUGACAAAUGUGAAAGUGUCUCAUCAAAGUGCGACACACCACUCAAUGGUACACCAUCACCAGAGAAUAAUAUUACAAAUAAUAUUAAAAUUAAAUUAAAUGAAAAACCUAAUACCUGUAUUUCACCAAAAAACAAGAAGCAUCGUAAAACUGUGUCUAAUAAUUUACGUAUAAAGUCAAGAAGAACUGAUAUAAAUGAAAAGAUAAAAAUUAGUUCAUUAUUUCAACAUAAUGUUCAAGAAAAAAUUCAAGGAAGAAUCAAUCUCCAACAAUCUGAAAAGCAUAAAGAGAUAUCAACUGCAGAAUCUAUUGGAGUUAAAAUUUCUGGAGAAGAGCAUGAAGAUUUAUUAAAUACAGACUCAUUUAAAUCAGGAAACGGAUAUAAGUUUAAAAUAACUCCUGAUCCAGAUAAUCCUUCCCUUAUGGAAAAAUUAAAUGAAAAUGUUGUGUUUGAAGUACCAAAUAUAGAGGAUUAUAAAAAAGAAAGUGUUGACAUUGAAAAUAUCAUGCAAUAUAUAAAAGCUCCAUCAAUCAGUAAAGAAGAAGAAAAUGAUGAUAAAAUGGAUAAUAAUGAAAAAAUUUCUACAAAUGUUUCUCAGAAUACAUGUUCUAUGAAAGAUCUUACUUUAAUGCACAAUUUGCAAUCAUCUAUAAGUGAAUUGGAUAUUAGUGAGGAUAAUCAAAUAUGGAAAGAAUUAAAUGAUUACUUAUUAAUACAUGCUAAAGAAAUUAAUGACAAAGACAAUUGUAUAAAUGAUGAAGAAUCUUUUUUGCAAAUAGCUUCCAAUUGGAAAGAAUUACUUGAUCUCGAAAUUAGUUUAUUAAAUAAGACAUAUAAAGACAUGACAGAUUCUGUUCAUAAGCUAGUAUACGAAGAACAUUUUUUUGCUUUAAAGACUUUUCUUAAUAUACAAAAACGGGCUUUUUUAUGUAUUUUUCCACAACUUCGUAAUGAUGAAGAAAUACAGGAUACUUAUAUAUAUUCAGGAUAUAAUUCAAAUAAUAAUUUGUUGGAUAUGUAUAAAGAAAUAGAAGAUUUUAAAAGCCGUUACUGUACGGUGACAACUAAAUUUGAUGCAUAUUUUCCUUAUAGUAUAAAUAUUGAUGAACAUAUGCCAAAUCUAAUGAUAUCAAGCUCUGAGAUCGAAGAAUAUCGCAAGGCAUUACAGUAUUUUAGUACAUAUCGCAAUCCCAAUGAAAAAUUAAUAGAAAUAAUAGAUUAUAUAGCAUUUUUGAGUGAAACUGAAAAAUAUGAUUUGAUUAAGAAAAUAAAAGAUCAAAAUUUGUCAUUUUCGGAUAUGAAGGCAUUUCUUACUGAAGAAGCAGCAAAAAGAGAGUUAAAAGACGAUAAAUUAAUGGAGCAUUUACAAUUGUCUGAAAAGCUGGAUUCUUCAGAAAGAAAUGGUAUAUUAACAGAAAAUAUACAAGUCUUUGAAAAGGUUUCUUCAGAAAAAAAUAGUGAAUUGAUGGAAUGUGUACAAGUGUCUCAGAAAUCGAUUUCUUUAGAAAAUGAGGAUAAUAACACAAUUCAACAUCAGAAGAUUGCUGAAAUGGAUUCUCCAGAAAUACAUAUAAUAAACAAUAGUUCAAAAAGAAGUUCAAAGGAGAUGCAAGAGACUCAAUCUAAUGAAGUUAUAACUGUCAAUCAAAAAGACCAUGAAAUACAAGAUAAGGACUAUAAUAUUACUAAUACAAUCUCCAAUAGAAAUGAAGAAAUUCUUGCAAAUAAAGAAGAUUCAAAGGAUGGUAAUGAACUGUUGUUUCAACUAGAUAAGUUAAUGAAUGAAGAAGAUAAUCAAAGUAUGUGCAGCACUACAAGCAAAUCGUCAUUUAUAUCAUUCCAUAAAGAUAUUACAUAUUCAAGCGCUAGUAAAGUUGUAUCCAACAAACAGCAGGAAAUAACACCCAGUAGUAGUCAUAAAGAAAAAAACAGUGAAAAGGAUAUUAUGUAUGAUAAAGAAGUUAAGAACUUUCAAACUAGAUAUAUACCCGUACAAACAAAUAAUAUCCUUUAUAAUAGUAUGAACAAUUCAUAUAACAAACUUAGUAAACAUGUGAAGUUUCAUAAAGAUGACCCAAAAAAUAGUGUAGACAAUUCAGCUGCUUGUACAAAAUAUUCUAUAUCAACUCCACAUCCAACUAUAAACACAAGAAAAACUCCUCAAUAUUCAUCGAAUUCUGCUGCGCAACACUUCCAUCCGCGAGCCUCAUAUUCUAAUUUAAACUAUAAUCUAGAUACAAGAGAGCAAACCUGCGUACCAAAUCAAAACGAUCCUCAUCAGUGGAACGAACAUAUACUUGCCAGUUCCCACCCUUCUCGCACAUAUGAGAGAAAAACAAUACAGUCUAAUUAUUUACCAGAAUAUUGGGAACCAGAGAUCGAUUAUUGUCCUAAAAAUUCGAAUAUUCAUAGGCUAGAUGAUAAUUUAACAAACGAUGUUUCUUCACAUGAAACUGAUAUUGACAGCUUUUUAUCAUCGUUGCGAAUGCAAACAGAUCAGUUGCAUUUACAGAUUUAUAAGUCGCAAAUGUUCGAAAACUGGGCUUCAUACGAUCAAUGAUCGCGCACGGAAUUGAACUAAUUAAAUAAAAUAUGAUAAUAAA